AUGACUGUUGCCGCGAUGGACGGCGAGCCGCCCGCAGGCACUGUGGGAGCCGGUACAGCAGCCUUUAUGGAAAAAAUGUCCUACUGUAGCAAAGAGAGAGUUUGUUCAGAUUUGGCAAAGCCUCCUCCAGUAAAUGAACCGAGGGAACCGGAACAGUUUCUAAUGCAGGCACCCCAGGGAAAUCCACUGCUGCUUUCCCACACCCUACAAGAGCUAUUGAGCAAGGAUAGUGUGCAGGUGGAGCUUAUACCUGAGAAGAAGGGCCUUUUUCUGAAACAUGUGGAAUACGAGGUUUCCAGCAAGAGAUUUAGGUGCUCAGUCUACAGGCGCUACAACGAUUUUGUGGUGUUCCAUGAGAUGCUGCUUCAGAAGUUCCCAUAUCGAAUGGUGCCAGCACUUCCACCAAAGAGGAUGCUGGGAGCUGAUCGAGAAUUCAUAGAAUCCAGGAGGAGAGCACUGAAGCGUUUUAUAAACCUGGUGGCUCGACAUCCUCCUUUCUCAGAAGAUGUACUCUUGAAACUCUUUCUGUCCUUCAGUGGUUCAGAUGUACAGAAUAAGCUAAGGGAGUUGGUCCAGGGAGUAGGAGAUGAAUUUAUGACCUGCAGAUUUGCUACCCAGGCCAAGGACUACCUUCCAGCUGACAUACAGGCCCAGUUUGCUGCCAGCAGGGAGCUCAUCAGGAAUAUUUAUAAUAGCUUUUAUAAGCUCCGGGACCGUGCAGAGAGGAUAGCUUCUCGAGCCAUUGAUAAUGCCUCAGAUCUUCUCAUAUUUGGAAAGGAGCUAAGUGCUCUGGGCUCCGACACUACACCGCUUCCUUCCUGGGCUGCUUUGAAUAACAGCACAUGGGGGACUCUGAAACAAGCCUUGAAGGGUCUGUCUGUUGAAUUUGCACUUCUGGCAGAUAAGGCUGUGCAGCAGGGUAAACAGGAAGAGAAUGAUGUGGUGGAGAAGUUGAACCUUUUCCUGGAUUUACUCCAGUCCUAUAAAGACCUGUGUGAAAGACAUGAGAAGGGAGUAUUGCACAAGCACCAGCGAGCAUUGCACAAGUAUAGCAUGAUGAAGAAGCAGAUGAUGAGUGCCACUGUGCAGAACAAAGAACCAGAAUCGGUGGAGCAACUGGAGUCUCGGAUAGUGGAGCAAGAAAAUGCUAUCCUGACCAUGGAGCUGCGGAAUUACUUCUCUCUCUAUUGCCUGCAUCAGGAGACGCAGCUCAUCCACAUCUAUCUGCCUCUCACCUCUCACAUUUUGGGGGCCUUUGUCAACUCCCAGAUCCAGGGUCACAAAGAGAUGAGUAAAGUUUGGAAUGAACUGAAGCCGAAGUUGAGCUGCCUCUUUGUGGGAUCUACUAAUAUGCCAACUCCACCAUUGUCACCUCCAGAGGGAAACUUCUUCUCCAAUUAA